UUAGAGUAGAGCGAACAGAGCGACAAGGUGAGAGAGGCAGAGAGAGAGAGAGAGGGAGAGAGAGAUGCUGCACCUGUGCAUGAUCACCUGAGAAGAAGAAGAAGAAGAAGAAGAAUUAAAGAAGAAAACAGAGAGGAGGUAAAGAAUUUGUAAGCAUGGCGGGACAGUUUCACAUCUGAGAGAAUCUCCCUCCCGGUGCGUCAUCAAAAAGGUUAGUCCUCCAGUCUCCAGUUGGUGCCAUGGCUGAUUCAAGCUGGUGGAAGUUGACCUUCUCACGCAAGAAGAAGUCCGAGUCUAAGGUUCUGUAUGAGAUCCCGGCCGAGCAUGGCAGUAACACUGGAAACAAAGAGCACACGAGCAAUAAUCCCCCUCCAGACCAUAUGGACAGCCAGUUCAACGCCAGGCUGGAGAAGAUUGUAGAUAAAUCUGCCACCAAGGGCCGCCAUGUCAAGGUCUCCCACUCCGGACGCUUCAAGGAAAAGAAGAAGGUCCGCGCCACGCUGGCCGAGAACCCAAAUCUCUUCGCGGAGAACAACCUCAGUGACCAGAACCAUAAGAAUAAGACUGACAUGUAGCAGGAAACACACACCAGAAUGCACAUACUUGAUCACAAAUGUGUCAUAUAUCAGUGUCACACUUAUAAAGGCUUCGAGGGAAAACAAGCACAGCCAUGUGACACUACGUGUGCGACGUGGAUAAACACACGUUACCAAGGCACCGCACCCAGAUAGAUACCGUAACCAAUGGACUCACACCAAAACAAAUACCUGGUAUCAGUAGACAAGCAUUAGACAUUGACCAUUAAACAAAGUCCUGGA